AUGGGUUCCUCAUUUCAGUCACCGCGCGCUAUCGGGGCGCCCAAGAUACCAUACUACACGCCCGUCAACAACCCCGGUGCAGCUGUUAACCCAGGCCCCGAAACCCCCACCCUUUUCCGACCGCUCUGCAUCCGCGAUGUCACCCUCAAGAACCGUAUCAUCGUCGCGCCAAUGUGCAUGUUCUCUUCUGAGCAUGAACCCAGCUCCCCCUAUGUCGGGGCACUCACGGAUUUCCACAUCGCACACUUGGGCCAUCUUGCAACCAAGGGCGUGGGCCUCGUGAUGAUUGAGGCGACGGCCGUGCAGCCCAACGGUCGGAUUUCUCCCAACGACUCCGGUCUUUGGCAGGAGGGAACAGAGUCUGGUCAGUUCAAGGCCCUGCGUCGGGUAGUGAAUAUUGUUCAUAGCCAGGGAGCCAAGGUCGGCAUCCAACUUGCCCAUGCCGGUCGCAAAGGGAGCGUGGUCACUCCCUGGUUGGGUGAGCGCGGCAUCCCUAUCAAGGCUGACGAGAGCGUUGGAGGUUGGCCUGCAGACGUGGUGGCUCCUACUGGUGGCGAGAAAUAUAAAUGGGCACCAGGGGAGACUAAAUACUGGGCGCCAAGAGAUCUGAGUAUUGCCGAGAUUCGAGAGGUUGUCACCGCGUUUGCCAGAAGUGCGAGGACAGCCGUGACAGCCGGCGUGGAUAUCAUCGAAAUACAUGGCGCGCAUGGCUAUCUACUGCACGAAUUCCUCAGCCCGAUAACGAACCGGCGAGUAGAUCAGUACGGUGGGAGCUUCGAGAACAGGUGCCGGAUUGUGCAGGAGGUAACGACUGCUAUUCGCGCCUCAAUACCGAAUGGUGUACCACUUUUCCUUCGUAUCAGUGGCACCGAAUGGCUUGACGGCGCCUCCUGUGCGAUAGAGAGUGGCAGCUGGGAUCUGUCGUCCUCAAUUCAGCUUGCCACGCGUCUGCCGGAGUUUGGGGUGGAUCUGGUCGACGUGAGCUCUGGUGGCAAUCACAGAGAGCAAAGCAUCCAACCCCACAGUACCUACCAGGUAGACCUUGCAGGGAAAAUUCGCAAGGCGAUCCAUGCGGCCGGGCAGCAUACCUUGGUGGGUGCCGUUGGGUUGAUUCGGGACCCUGAAGCGGCCCGUGAUAUAGUUCAAGGCGCAGACGAAGACGUGCCCAGUCAGCAACAACCGAAAGCAGAUGUCGUAUUGAUAGCUCGCCAGUUCCUGCGGGAACCAAAUUGGGUCUUCACAGCGGCAAAGAAGCUGAAUGUACCCGUGUCACUCACGUAUCAGUUCGGCAGAGGGCUACUUUGA